AUGAAGCUUGUUGUCACAGGUUGCAACGGCGGGGUUGGCAAGCGAGUCGUCAAGCUUGCUCUUCAACGCGACCAUAGUGUUGUCGGCCUCGAUCUUGCAGACGGUCCUUUCACAGACAACUUGCUUACAACCCAAGAAGCGUCCAAUUUUACUUAUCUCCAGGUCGAUCUGACAAAUUAUGAGGCAUCAUUGGCCGCCAUUCGUGGAUGUGAAGGGAUUAUACACCUCGCAGAAACUGAGUAUCUGCGUGUAGCACAUCCAAAUCCGGGUGACUUUGUUGUUGCGACGCACAAUACAAAUGUUGUCGCGUCCUGGAAUGUUCUUCGCGGAGCUGCAGAGCUGGGAAUCAAACGAAUCGCUCAAGCAUCCUCAGUCAAUGUUAUAACCAUGGUCUACAGCAAGAAGUGUGAUUUCAGAUACUUUCCGCUUGACGAAAUGCAUCCAUGUCUCCCUGACGAGCCUUACGGUCUUUCCAAAUUGAUAUGCGAGAUACAAGCUGAUAGCAUAAUUCGACGUUACCCUGCGAUGAGGAUUGCCAGUCUUCGUUUGCAUUGGUCGAUACCAGACCCUACUCUAGCCAGUUGCAAGGACCCAAGUGGCCGUAUCAAACAGGAUCUGUGGGGAUAUGUGCAGGAAGAUUCAGCAGCAGAUGCAUUUCUGCGUGCUGUAGUGGAAGAGAAUGGAAAAUGGUCAGGACACGAAGCGUUCUUUAUCGCGUCUCCGAAGCAUGCUUAUUGGGAUGGUACGAGCCAGUAUUGCCCAAUCGAUUCCAGAGAGCUACGGGUGAAAUACUGGCCGGAUGUUCCAAUCAAAGAUGGUUUCGAUGUGAGUGGAAUGGAGGGUUUCUUUGAUUGCGCAAAAGCAAAAAGACUUCUGGAUUGGGUACAUAUUGAUAAAUGA